CGACAACAGAACGGCCCAACACACACCAGCCCAUCGCCAUUGAGCUGCCAUUUCUACUUACGCCGGUACUGCAUCUACUUAACACAAUUAUCCGAGUACACCAGAUAUGGCGCCCGUAAAUGCACCUGUGCCACAGGGCCCUGGCCCAUUCCCCGUCCAGAUUCCCGUCGACAACAACAACUCGCUCUGGGACCGACUGUCAAAUUGGGCCUCGGAAAACAAGGGUGUUGUAUACACAAUUGCCGGAAUCACGCUGGUCGUGGGUGCUGGUGGAGUUGUAUACUACUUCUCAAAUGAUUCAAAAGGCGAUAGCGGAGCAGACACAUCGGCCGCCAAGCGCAAGAGGCAACGCGAACGCAAGCGUGCAAAAGAGAGGGCUGAGAAGGAGUCGACCCCCGAAAAGGGCUCUGAGAAGAAGGCAACAGUAGCCGAGACCACCGAAGACCAGCUCCCCGAUGUCGACGAGAACAGCGUUGCUGCACUUUCAGACGAGGUGCGCAAAGAGUAUGCCGCCAAGCUCAAGGCAGCAGGCAACAAGGCGUACGGCUCCAAAGACUACAACCGCGCCAUCGAUCUCUACGGAAAGGCCAUUCUCUGUAAACAAGAUCCUGUCUUCUACUCCAACCGCGCCGCCUGCUACAAUGCCAUGUCCGAGUGGGAAAAGGUCAUCGAGGACACCACUGCCGCUAUCAACCUCGACAACGAAUACGUCAAGGCCUUGAACCGGAGAGCGAAUGCAUACGAACAAGUCGAGCGCAACAGUGAAGCCCUUCUGGACUACACUGCCAGCUGCAUUAUCGAUGGGUUCCGCAACGAGAACAGUGCACAGAGUGUUGAGCGUUUACUGAAGAAGGUUGCGGAAGCAAAGGGCAAGGCUAUCCUAGCCGCAAAGGAGAAGAAACUACCCAGCCCAACUUUCGUCACAAACUAUCUGCAGAGCUUCCGACCAAAGCCAACCCCAGAAGGCCUCGAAGACGACGCUGAACUCGACGAAGAGAGUGGCAAGGGCCAAUUGCGCAAGGGUCUCAAGGCCAUGGCUACUAAGACUGGUGAUGGAUACACCGAGGCUGCUGCCGCCUUCGACCGCGCCCUCGAACUCGGUGAUCUCGGAGAACAUGAGGCGUUCGCGUACAACAUGCGCGGAACCUUCAGCUACCUCAAAGGUGACAACGAAGAUGCGCUCAAGGACAUGGACAAGAGCAUCGAGCUUCAGCCCACACUAACCCAGAGUUUCAUCAAGCGUGCCAGCAUGCACCUCGAGCUUGCCAACCCAGAGGCUGCCGAAGCCGACUUUGCCGCUGCGCUCGAGCAAAAUGCAAACGACCCAGAUAUUUUCUACCACCGCGCACAACUACACUUUAUCAAGUCCGAGUUUGGCGAGGCCGCUAAGGACUACCAAAAGUCGAUUGACCUGGACAAGGACUUCAUUUUCUCGCACAUUCAGCUCGGUGUCACACAGUACAAAAUGGGCAGCAUCGCCUCGUCAAUGGCCACUUUCCGCCGCUGCAUGAAGAACUUUUCUCAGGUGCCCGAUGUGUACAACUACUAUGGUGAACUACUUCUCGACCAGCAAAAGUACCAAGAAGCUAUUGAGAAGUUCGACACUGCCGUCGAGAUGGAGAAGACGACCAAGCCUCUUGGCAUGAAUGUCCUGCCUCUGAUCAACAAGGCCCUUGCACUUUUCCAAUGGAAGAACGACUUUGAUGAAGCCGAGAAGCUAUGCGAGAAGGCGCUCAUCAUUGAUCCGGAGUGCGACAUCGCGGUUGCCACCAUGGCACAAUUGUUGUUGCAACAAGGAAAGGUCACCGAGGCGCUCAAGUACUUUGAGCGUGCUGCAGAGCUGUCAAGGACAGAAGGCGAGAUUGUCAACGCACUAAGUUAUGCCGAAGCGACAAGGACUCAACUCGAGGUUCAAGAAAAGUAUCCCAAGCUCGCCUCUAGACUAGGCGCUAUGGGUGCCGCUGCUGGAGGAUUUGGCAUGCGAUAAAAUAGGACGAUAGUAUGCCCAGUCUUCAGUCUUGUUGCGCAAAUAUUCUCACCUCUUUGUUCAUACCGUGUAAUUAGUAUCGUCUGGUUGAGGGCAAAGGAAAAGGACCUCUGUUGGAUGGGCAAAGUAUGAUAUCCUGGACUGUUGGUAAACAUGUAUGUGUAUGUGUGUGUGU